UGCUCCCUAUUGAAUGCUCGCAGGUCUGUCCGUUGCCAGUCGCGAAAUCAGCGAUCGUUCUAACCGUUCGAGGAAAUUGAAGUAACGCUCCAUUUAAAUAGUGGUCGUUUUUCAAUUUUCGUUGCGAUCGCCGGCACCAACGAGCCUAAUCGGGGUAGUCAGAUAACGCAUAGUAUCCCAUCUAGUGUAUAACGCCAUGCCGUACUACUGUAUCGAAAAGAAGAAAGCUUCGCAGAGUAAACAUUUGAGGUGACUCGUCGCAAAACAACAAGAUUAAAAGAACCAGGACCAAUUUGCACGAUUAGUCAACUGUUGCCAUCCCUCAGGAUUUUUGCCCCAUCCUUGCCUGUGCUGUGUUGGUGACCUUGCAGAAUACGCGCAGCUUAAUAAGUUGUACACGACUAAGUCCCGGAAUCGUGAUUGAGUGCGUGAUUGAAGCGCCGGUAAGGUUUAGCUCUGUAAAGUCAAAGACAAAAAGUGACCUAAAGGAAUAGUCCUUAGUUGUCUCUAAAUACACCCUUUCUUAAACCUUCGAUCAAAGGUGUGAAUACGUGUGAGUGAUGCCACCCGCCGUCAUGACAAACCCCAAUGUUUCGCGGAAGGGUGGAGAUAAAUAUGGGCCGCUUAUUGGUGCUAUAGAUCAGGGAACAUCGAGCACCAGAUUUCUGAUAUUCUCUUCACGUACAUCUGAACUCAUCGCGUACCAUCAGGUUGAAGUUGCCCAAAUUUAUCCAAAAGAAGGAUGGGUAGAAGAAGAUCCGAUGCACAUCUUACAGACGGUUACCAUCUGCAUGACAGAGGUUUGGGGCAAACUUAUUGCAAUGCAGAUCGACCCACACGAUGUGGUGGCAAUUGGAAUGACAAACCAAAGGGAAUCCACUAUUAUAUGGGACAAGAACACAGGAAAACCAUACUACAAUGCAAUUCUGUGGUGCGACAACCGUACAGUCGAUACAGUAGAAGCCCUUCUGGAAAAAGUUCCCGAACGAGAUCCAAACUACCUACGACCCAAAUGCGGACUUCCGUUAUCAACAUAUUUUUCAGCUGUUAAACUCGCCUGGCUUUUCACCCAUCAUCCUGAACUGGGUGCAAAAGCUGAACAAGGAAGUUUAAUUUUUGGAACUGUAGAUUCAUGGCUUUUGUGGAACCUGAUUGGCGGAGUGCAUGUCACAGACGUUUCAAACGCUUCACGCACAAUGCUUAUGGAUAUUGAAACCCUUGAGUGGGAUCCGUUCCUACUAAAUUUCUUUAAAAUUCCAAAAAAUAUUCUUCCCAAAAUUCUUUCUUCCAGCGAGAUCUACGGCACCCUGCGUGAAAAGACACCAUUUGCUGGAGUACCAAUCUCGGGAUGUCUUGGCGAUCAAAGUGCUGCUCUGGUUGGGCAUAUGUGCUUCAACAUCGGUGAAACCAAGUGCACGUACGGGACUGGCGGCUUCCUGCUAUGCAACACGGGCUCGGAGCGAGUAAUGUCUACACAUGGCCUACUGACUACAGUGGCUUUCAAGCUCGGUCCUUCCAGUCCAGCGUGUUAUGCAAUUGAAGGCUCCGUAGCCGUUGCGGGAUCGGCCGUUCGAUGGCUCAGGGACAACCUUGGCAUUGUACAGAGUAUCGACGAGGUUCAAAGGCUUGCGUUGAGUGUCAAAUCAACCCAUGAUGUUUACUUCGUGCCAGCGUUUAGUGGUUUAUAUGCUCCAUACUGGGAAAGUUCGGCACGGGGUGUUAUCUGUGGAUUGACACAGUUUACCACAAAGGAACAUCUCGUGCGUGCUACACUCGAAAGUGUCUGCUAUCAGGUAAAAGAAAUUAUUGACUGCGUCUAUGCUGACACGCGGGUUGAGCUUAAGCAGCUUUUAGUUGAUGGGGGUAUGGCACACAACGAUGCCUUGAUGCAGCUGCAAGCAAAUAUUCUUGGAGUUAACGUCAUCCGACCACAGAUGCUAGAAACGACCGCUUUGGGCGCAGCGGUAGCAGCUGGGUUAGCAAAAGGCGUAGAAGUGUGGUCUCUCGAUGAAAUGCAAAAACUUGCUGCGGCCGUCAGUGAUACCUUUGAGCCUCAAAUUGUAAAACAAGAACGCGAAAUGAAGUUCUCUCGUUGGAAGCAAGCAGUUGAGCGUAGCCGCCAUUGGGAAGACCCAAACGUGACCGCCCGUCGGAAACAAGUCAUGGGUGAUCAGUGGUACCGUGUGUCUGCACUGCCUAUGGGGGUAUUUCUUAUGAGCGCCUUCGGAAUCGUCAUACUUGCAAGCUACCGCAGCUUGCCGACGUCUUAAACAUAUAUAUAUAUAUAUAUAUA